CCGUGGUGCUGCGCCGCCGUGGGCGCGCCCCCCCCCCGCCCGCCCCCCCCCCGCCCCAUUGUCUGCGCAGCGGAGGCAGAACAAAGCGCCCGGUCCCGGUCUCAGUCCCCGUUCCGAUGCCGGUUCUGGUCCCGGUCCCGGUCCCGGUCCCGGUUCGUGUGCGGACCGGCCCGCCGUGCGGCGCUGCCGACGUGCGGCGGACCGGGCGCGGGCGGCGGGGCAGCCGGAGCGGGCCGGUGCCCGGCGCUGCUGGCACUUACACCGUGCGUCCCGCGCCGGCGGCGCUCACAUCCCGCAGGACCCGGCCCCGCCGAGACGCCCCGCAGCCGCGCCGGUACCCCGGUGCGCUCCGAUACCGCGGUCGCUUCGCCACCGCUGGCCUCUCCGGUACCCGCAGCUCUCCGGUGCCCUGCCGUGCCGCGGCCGCCCCGGUGUUCCGGCGUGCCGGCCUUCCCGGUGCGGCGGCCGCCCCGGUGCCGCGGUCGCCCCGCGGAGCGCUCGGCGGCAGGCGGCGGGUCGGCGCUGGCUCGGCGCGGCGGCUCCUGCUGAAACCCGACCCAGCGCCGCCCUCAGCCCCCCGCUCCCCCCGCCGCCCCCAUCCCCGCCCCGCCACCGGAGCGCGCGGCAGAGCGCGGCCCCGCAGCAGCCCCGGGUACGGAGGGGCCAGGGAGCAGCGGCGGGGAGAAGGUGGUCGGUGCGGAGCGGGAGGAAGGGCUGGAGCCCCGGGGUCACAGGAAGACAGGAAAGAAGUUCAGAAGAAGGGAGCAAGGAUGAUAAAGGUCCAUCAUCUUCGAUGCAUGGAACAAUUUAGUUUCCAUUUUGGAAAGGAGGCAAACAAGGGGAAUGAGGAAGAGGACAAUGAAAUUAUGAAUGGUCUCUGGGGGUUGAUUUUGUUCAGCUCUGUGGAGCUGAUUUUGUUCACUGCAUCUUCCAAUAUAAAAGCGGCAUGAAAUGAGGCCAACAGAAGCCAAGAUCGAAACAAACAAAAGAAGGUGAUACUUCAUGUGAGUGGCUGUGGACCCAGGGAACUUCUUGCCAUAACAUGCUGUGGAUGCUCAAAAUUCACAUUGGCCCAGGUGGUGUCUGAAUUAGUUCACAGAAGAGAAAUUCUUUGAUGGGUCCUGAAUAGAGGAAACCACCUCCAGCUCAUAACGUCGUGUGAGUCACGAAGAGUUGGGUCUGGAGGUGUACUCGAGGUGACAUAUUGUGUAUGCUUCUCCUGCUCUUCCCACACCUUCCUGUGCAUCCACUCGUAGACACUGUUGGAGCCUGGGCUAGAGGGAGUCUUGAGCUGACUCCCAAUGAGAUGGUCCCUAUAAUCUUGUGUCUGUCCCAGUUUUAACAACAACAUUUCAGCCUUGAUUUAGCUAUUCUGUCUUUAUCUCUCUUUAUUUUUGUCUACAAUUUUUUUUCCUUACAUUACCUUAUUCCCUCCCAGAUAUUUUCAGAAACAGCAGUAAGCUUAUCAUUCAGCAUCUCUUCUUCUAAAUGGAACAAACUUUGUGCUCUUAUUUUACGAUCAGCUAUCCAUUGGUGUUAUCCUAGUUGCUCUUCCAUAUGUAUGUCUUCUAGUUUAAAUUAGUGUAUCUUUAGUAUAGCAGAUCAGAGUUCCCACUGUGUUCUGAAAAAAUAUCAUCUGCACCUUACAGAAAAGUAUUUAAGGGAAGGCUUCUUUACUGGAAAUGUCUUGUUUACUGUACUUCAGGAUGACAUUUGCUUUUUCAUGGUUGCGUCAUCUUACUAUCUUACAUGUGACACAUGCAGGUAUUCUUCCCCUUCUGUGGUUUCUAACUAGGGUCAUUUCCAUCUUCUGGCCAAAUAUUUUCCAAUACAUUGCUAAGACCAAGAUCCACAACGUGAUUUAGGCAUAUACUCUCUAUGGUUUCUAAUACCUUGGUGGCAACACCUUUAUAGAUACGGGUUCAAAUGCAUUAACUUUUACUUUUUGAUACAUUAAUCAAAUAUAUGGGGCUGACGGUGCUGAAAGAUGUUGAUGUGAUCACAAGGCUGCUGUCUAUAUAAACAUUUGUGCCUUUGGAGAGGUCCUUGCUGAUUAGAAACAAGUUAAUAAAGCUGGCAGAUCUUUAAUGACACUUCACAUAGAGGGCAACAGCUCUUGAAUCCUAUGUGUAAGAAAUCAGGAAAGGAAGGCAAGAGACUGACAUGGCUGAGUACAGACCUGCUGGUCAAACUAAAGGGCAAGAAGGAAAUGCACAGGCAGUGGAAGUGGGGCAGGUGUCCUGGGAAGAGUAUAGGGACCUUGCCCGGUGUGUAGGGAUGGGGUCAGGAAGGCUAAGGUGGAGCUGGAGCUGAACUUGGCAAGGGAUGCAAAGAACAAGAAGGUCUUCUACAGGUAUGCCAGCCAGAAAAGGAAGGUCGAAGAAAGCGUACCCCCUCGAUGCACACAACUGGCAAAUUGGUAACAAGGGAUGAGAAGGCUGAGGUACUCAACAACUUUUUUGCCUCAGUCUUCACUGACGGCCUCUCUUCCCACACCUCCCAAGUGGAUGGAUGUCAGGGCAGGGACUGGGGGAGCAAAGUCCCUCCCACUAUAAGAGAAGGUCAGGUUUGAAACCACCUGAGCAACCUGAACAUACAUGAGUCUGUGGGACCUGAUGAGAUGCAUCCCAGAGGCCUGAGGGAGUUGGCUGAUGCAGUUGCGAAGCCACUUUCCAUGAUAACUGAAAAGUCAUGGCAGUCAGGUAAAGUCUCCAGUGACUGGAAAAAGGGAAACAUUGCACCCAGUUCUAAAAAGGGUAGAAAGGAACUACCGACCUGGCAGCCUCACCUCUGUGCCUGGGAAAGUCAUGGAACAGAUUGUCCUAGAAGCUAUGUUAAGGCACAUGGAGGACAGGGAGGUGAUUCAACACACCCAGCAUGGCUCCACCAAGGGCAAGUCCUGCCUGACCAACCUAGUGGCCUUCUAUGAUGGAGUGACUGCAUCAGUGGACAAGGGAAGAGCUACAGAUGUCAUCUAC